AUGAAUUAUUAUAAUAAAAAAAAAAGAAAAUGUAAAAUAAAUUUUAUCGAUAUAGAACUGGAAGCAUUUAUAUUCGGUUGCUUUUUAUAUACUUGGAAUAAAAUCAUAACAGAUAAUAUUAAAAACAAGAAUAACAAUAAAAGUAGUGAUAUUAAAAAUGGAAAAAAUAAAAAUAGUAUUAAUAAUAGUAAUAAUAAAUAUGGUAACAUUAGUGUUAAUAAUAAUAAAAGUAAUUAUUUUAAAGGUAAUAAUAAAAGAAACAGUAAUAUAAGGAAUAAUAAAAAAAAUAAUAAUUAUAAAAAUUUUAACAAUUCAGAAAAGUUAAGUUAUGAAAAACCUGACAAAACUUCAAUUAAUGAUGAAACCUUUCAUGAUACAUCUGAUGAUGAAGUAAGUUGCAAUUUAAAUGAAGAUUUUCGAAUAAAAAACAAAAUAGAUAUUGGUUUAUUGAAUGAAAAAUUAUUGAAUUUUGUAAAAAUAAAUUUUUCCUUAAAUAGCAAAGAUUUUUACAUAUGGCAUGAUUUAUAUGACUUCUAUAAACAUAUUAAAGAGGAAGAGAAGAAUGAUGAAAUAAGAACACAUUAUGAUUUUUUGAAAAUGAGUAAUAAUAUUAAUCUACAUAAUUUGGGUAAUGAAAAAGGUAUUAUUAAUAACAUAGAUGAUUUAAAAAAUAGAAAAAAGGAUAUAAAGAGAGUAAAAAAUAAGGAGAAUUGCAUAUUUUGUGAUAUUUCAUUAAAUAAGAAGAAAGUAUCAGGUUAUUCGAAAAUUCAGAAAUUUUUACAUGUAUGUACAAAAAAAGUGUACGGUAACAAAGGUUUUCAAAUAGUUAAUAAAUGUAUUAUAAAUAUAAAAACAUUUGAUGAUAGUUUUAUACAUUCGAUUUCCAUAGAACGGUUAUUUAGUUAUAUAUGUAAACAUAUGGAUAAAAAUCUACUUUUUUUUUGGUUCAAAUUUUUAAACGUUCUUCUAAAUGUGACUAUUAAUAAAAGAUUAAUGAUUAAAAUUUUUUUUUUUUUUUGUAUCAAAAAUUUAUUAGUUUCUUCUUAUUUUAGUUCAGAAGUUGUAGAUAAUCAUGAAUUUCUUAGUAAAAAUGUUUCAUCUAAACACGAAAAUUCUUUUUUGUCAGAUAUAAUUAAAAAAUAUAAAUAUAAAAAUAUUACUAAAGUUAUUUUGAACAAUAAUUAUAUAUUAUUACAAAAUUUAUUUGAUUAUUUUUAUAUGAUUUGCUCCACCAGAAAUGUGCACUUUUAUGAUAAUUUCUUUUUAAAUAUCCAAAUGAUUAACUUCAUUUAUCUUAUACAAAUAAAUUUUUUUCAUUACUAUUACAUUAAAUUACAUAAAAAAGUUCAAAAUUAUAAAGUUAAUCAUUUAAUAAGGGAAUGUGAUAGAUGUGAUAAGAAUUCUAAGGAUACAAUUAAAAAAAAGAAAAACAAUUAUAAUAAAGAAAAGAGUAGGUGCCAAAAUAUAAGCGAAAGAAAAGCUUAUUCCAAUUGUAUUAACAAAAAUGAUGUAUCUGUUAAUAAUAAAAAGAAUAUUAAAAACAUAUCAAAAAAAAGUACAUUUCUUACAAGAUAUAAGAAAUUAAAUGAUUUAGGAUUGGAUAUAAAUAAAUUCAACAAAAAUAAAACAGAUAAUCAAAAUAGAAGUUGUCUUAAUAAUAAAAAUAAAGAAAGUGGAAAUGUCAAUAUAAAUAUUAAGAAUAAUAGAGACAUUCAUUAUAAUAUUAUUAGUAAUAACUAUAAUAUUAAUACUAAAUAUUAUAAUAAUUUUAAUAUUAAAUAUCAUAAUAAUGCUAAUAAUAUAUAUAACAUAAGUAAUAUAGAUUAUUUAUUAUCAUUACAAAUAAAUGAAAAACAUAUUGAACAAAGCAAAAAUAGUUUAUUUGAAAAAUUAUAUAUUGAAAAGAAAGAAUGUAUAACAAGAAACUUAAAAAAUUUUUUUAAAAGAUCAUAUAUAUUUUUAAACAAAUAUAUCAAAAAUGAUCAAUUAAUGAGACAAAGUAAUAUAUUUUCUUUUUUAUUUGAUGCAUUACCAUCAUUAAACUUAAAACGUAAUGUUAAUAAUAUAUUAGAGCCUUAUAUUUUUUCCAUAUUUUCAAAAUAUCAGUUUAUUGAAAUAUAUAAUUUUAUAGAAAAUUUAAAAAAUUUAUAUAAUUUAAAAAAAAAAAAAAAAAAAAACUUACGUAAUAAUGAACAGCCAUGUUUAAAAUUUCUAAACGAGUUACAAGGAUUAAAUUAUAUUUACAAUAACUUAAAAAAUGACUACUUGAUUUUAACAGAAAAUUUGUAUCUAGAAGUAAAGGGAGAAAAUGAAAAAAAAAAAAAAAAAAAAGAUCAAAAUAAAUUAAAAUAUAAUAAAAGUACUAUUCAAAAUUUAAUUCAAAAUGGAAAAACAGAUAUUUAUAAACAUGUUUUUAUUUAUAAAUUUUCCUCAAAACAAAUUAACAUUCAGCAUAAUUUAUUUAAUAUAUAUCUGGAUUGCAAUAUAUUAAAUAAAGCUUAUAAACUAGUUAUGAUGGAUUUCGACUUUUCAUUUUCUUUAACUGCGGAAAUUAUAUUUUUAUUUAAAAUAUAUUUGAUUGAAUUAAAAAAAAAUAAUAUUUUAUAUUCUUUCGAAAUUUUAAAUACGGUUUUUCAUAAAUGUUUUGUAUUAUUGAAAAAGUACUUAUGCAACCCAACUCCUUUUAAAUUAUUGUCUAUAAUAAGCAUAUAUAUUAGUCGUAUGCUAUAUGAUUUUCCGUUUUUAUCUAAAUUUCUUUUUUUUUAUCCAAAUGAUAAAAUUAAUUUUAUUAAAAAUAAUAUAAUUAUAAAUGAAAAUAUUAAAAUGAAUCAUUAUAAUGAUUAUUUCUGUCAAAAAAAAAAUUUUAGUUUUUUAAAUUUUUGUAAUAACAAUAAUUAUAAUAAUCAUAAUAAUAAUAAUGAGAAUACUACUACUACUACUACUAAUAAUAAUAAUAAUAAAAAUAAUAGUAAUAAUAGUAAUAACAAUAAUAACAAUAAUGAUAUGAAUAUUAACAAUAAUAAUAACAACAAUGAGAAUUAUAAUAAUUAUUGUUAUGUAGAUACAUUUAGAAAGCAUAUAAAUUUUGAACAAAAAGAGUUAUUUGAAAAAGGGGAAAUGAAUGGAGAUAAUGAAGCAUUAAUACUAUCAUGUGGAAUUCCAAGAUAUGAAAAAAAUAUUACAGAAAAUAAAAAUAUAAGUAAUUAUAAAAAUAAUAUAUAUGAUAAUAAUAACAUUUCUAGUGAUGAAGUAUCAUAUUUUUAUGAUAAUAUUAAAGAUUAUAACUUUUUAAGUAAAUUUGAAAAAUUGUAUAUAAAUAAAACUUUAAAAAGUUUUAAUUUUAUUUUUAAUAUUUUAGAAAGAACAGUAAAUAACAAUGAUGUUUCUCUUAUAAAUUGUAGUAAAAAUAAUUUGAGUUCAUUUAAUCAAUGUAUAUUUAAAAAACAGUUAAUUCAUGAUGAUAUUUAUAAUGGAAGCCUAUUUAAUAUAAAUAAUUUUAUAAAAGGAAUUGUAAAUAAACUAGAAUAUUAUUUUAGUACCAAUUUUAAAAAAAAAAAUUUACAAAAUCAUAUAAAAACUUUAGAUAAAGAAAAAUAUAGAAAUUUAUUUUAUGAUUCAAAAUUUAUAAUAUCGUUAAAAUAUUCUGAUGAAAAUUCUCAUUUUUUUAGUUUAGAAUUUCUAUUUUUAGCAUAUGUAUGUUCUAAUUAUUUUUCAGACAAUAUUUCAAACAAUUAUAAACAUUUUCUGAAAACUUUUAAUUUUAAUGAAAUAUGGCUGAGUAAUCAUCAAAUAAAAGUAAAAAUAUUGCUAUGUUUAAUAUAUAUGCUUCUAUAUGAAAUUAACCUAAUGAAUUUAAAAGAUUUUUUUUUUGAAAUAUUAAAAAUAAUUAUUUAUAGGUUUUAUAUUUAUCUAGAUUAUAAUGAUCUACAAAUUUGUCAGUUUAUUUUCUUAAAUUUAUCUAACAAUGUAUUGUUUCCUACUUUUGGUAUUAUUGAUAAUAUAAAAAAUGUAAUUCAAAUUAAUACACAAUCAUUUAAGGAAUUUUUUUAUGUUUAUCAUUUAUCAAAAGAUGAAGCUCUUUAUCAAUAUCAGGAUUUUGGGGAAAGAAAAAAAAAAGAGAAAGAUUUUAUAAAUGAUUUUUUAAAUUAUUUUCUAAGUAAAAAUAAAGAAAUUGAAAAUAAUUAUAAAUUACUAAAUGAUGAAAUUUAUAAUGAAUUAAAAUCUAAUGAUCAAGUAUUAGAAGAAACUUAUAAUAUAAAUAAAGAAGAUAUUAAUGAAUUAAUUAGUUCAAAUAAUAAAAUAUACAAUGUAACAAAAUUAUGUGACAAACUAAUGAAUGAAGCAGGUUUCAAUGAUACGAAUUUAGUUUUUAAUGAAACUAUUAAUAACAAGUGUAUUAUAUCUAAUGAACGAUUGCAUAAUGAUUAUGAAAUAGAGGAUAAGCAUCACCAAGACGAUAUUUAUACUUUUACUAAUAAUACAGAAAACGGAGAAAAUACUUAUAAUUAUUCUUUUGAUUAUUUUUCAAGUGAACAAAGCUUAGAACAAAGUGACUUUGUAUUUUUUAAAAAAAAUCGUCAUAAUGAAAAAGGAGAAUCAUUAGGAAGUAAUUUUUUAAAUAAAAUAAUAACUCAAAUAAAUAAAAAAGCUACAAUUAAAAAAAAAAAUGUUAUAGUAGAUACUUCUGAAAAAAAUUAUUCAAGAAAUAAAUAUACUAAUUUAAUUGAUGAUAUAAAAAGUAAAAAAAAAGAAUUUAUAAGUAAAAAGGAAAAUUUGAAAAAAAAAAUUUCUUAUUUUACUGAAAAUAAAAUAGAAGUAAUAUAUGAAAUGAUUUUAAAUUAUUUUAAAAUACAAAAAGAAAUAUAUAUAGAUAAUUAUGUUAAUAAAAAAUAUGAAUCAAUAGUGAGUGUACAAGAACACAAAAGUAGAUUAAACUAUUAUGAAAAUGUUCAACCAGAAUAUUAUGAAUUUUAUUAUUUUCAAAAAACUUUUUGUUUUUCUGAGGAAUUAUGUGAAACUGAUUAUUUUAUUUUUGCUUUAAAUAAAAAUAUGAUAAAAAGCGACUUUUCAUUAAAGAAAAAGCGUUAUAUAUAUUUUUGCUUAAAUUUACUCACAAUAAUAGAUUUAUAUAUGGAAUUCAAUGCAAAUAUUUAUAAUAAGAUAUUUUAUUUUAUUAAAAAUUUAAUAAUCACUUGUGCAAAUAUUAGUUUCUGUAAAAAAUUAACAAUUAUAUAUAUAAAUUCAUUAAUAAGAUUAUGUCUUUUUGAAAUAAGAAUGAAUAAUUUCUUUGUUUCGUCUAAUAUACUUGUCGAAAUUUUGAAUAAUUUUGAAAAAAUAAAAGAAUACAAAAAUUUAAUAGGUACUAUUUUUUAUUUAUGUGGUUAUUUAUUAUUACAAAAAUUAAAUUAUGAUGAUGAAAAUCUCGAUGAAGAAAAAAAUAUUUUAAUAAAUGAAUAUUAUUAUUAUGCAAAUUUAAAAAAAAAUAGUAUAUGUUCAAUUCAUAAAAAAAAAAUAGAAAAAUGUAAAUUAAAUAAAGGAAAUUAUAAAAGAAAUUCCAGUAGUUCAGAAAAGUUAAGUAACAUAAUUACAUUAAAUGAUUACGAUAAAGGAAAUUCUUUUUAUGAAUCAUCAAAUUGUAUAAAUAAUUAUCAGAAUAAAAAUAAAAAUUUUCUUAAGUGUGUCUAUAAAAAUGCAAGUAAGAAGCAUGAUAAUAUUCCUAAAAAUAAUAAUUAUUCAUUAUGUAAUACAGGUAAAGAAAGAUUAUUAGAUGAUUAUAUAAUUAAUGAAAAAAAAAAUAACAGUUAUUUUAAAAAGAAAAGUGGAAGAAAAUUAAUUCCUUUAAUAAAAAAUCAAAUAAAAAUAACUGAUUUUUUUUCAAAUUCAAAAAAUGAAAAAUCGUUUGAUAUGCCUUUUGAAAAUUCCAAUGUACUGGAUCAUAUGCAAACCAAUACCUGUUAUAGGAGCAGUCAAAAAAGGAGAAAAACAAAUAAUGAAUUAAGCGAUCAUGUAAUUAUACAAAAAAUAAAAUAUAAUUCUCAUAAAAAUGUAAAAAAAGAAGAUUUUUUUCAUCAUUUCUGUGAUAAAUUAAAUAAAAAGCAAUUUUGUUUACUUUUAAUUUGCUUUUACAUAAAACAAGCUUUGAACUAUUGGAAGAAUGAAGGAGAUUCUAUAGGAAUUUUUAAUGGGAUUCAGCAAAAAAAAAGAAUAAAAGAUUCUUUUUUUUUUCUAAUGUCUUCAUAUAAAUUUUUUUAUAAAUCUUCAUUAUUUUUAUCUAAACAAAAGAAGAUACAAUAUUAUAAAUGCCCUUUUUUUAAUUAUGAACUAUUUAAAACAUAUUAUAAAUUUUAUAUAUAUUACAAAGAAAAAUUUAUGAAAUGUAACAAUGAAAACAUUAUUAAUUUAUUAUAA